AUGGCUGCGACUCUGAGAUUAACGAAUCCUUUAGCGUUUCUCAGUCAUCCUCCAACGUCUUCAUUACGGUUCCGGGGAAGCAAAUCGAUCGGUACCGAGAUAGCAUCAUCCUUCAGGACGGUGAAAAUGGCAGCUAUUGCUGGGUCUGACCCUGAAACGACGUCGUCUUCAUCCAGAGUCAUCGACUCUCAUCUCCACGUCUGGGCUUCUCCUCAAGAGGCCGUGAAUUAUCCAUAUUUUCCGGGCCAAGAACCGACAUUGACUGGUGAUGUCAAUUUCUUGCUCAAGAACAUGGAAGAGGCAAGAGUGGAUGGAGCUCUCAUUGUUCAACCCAUCAAUCACAAGUUUGAUCAUUCUCUAGUAACAAGUGUUCUGAGGAAAUACCCAUCAAAGUUUGUCGGCUGUUGCCUUGCAAAUCCUGCAGAAGAUGGUAGUGGAAUUAAGGAACUUGAGAAUCUCGUUCUAGAGAGUAAUUAUCGUGCUGUUCGGUUUAAUCCCUAUUUGUGGCCGCCUGGUCAGAAGAUGACAAAUGCUGUUGGCAAAGCCAUGUUCUCUAAAGCAGGGGAGCUUCGUGUGCCUGUUGGCUUCAUGUGCAUGAAGGGUCUGCAUUUGCACAUUGCAGAAAUUGAGGAACUGUGCACGGAAUUUCCAAAGACGACUGUUUUACUAGAUCAUGCUGGAUUCUGCAGAGUACCAGAGUGA